GAUACCUUGACCAGAGAAUAACCCGUUAUCUUUACCCAAGAGACCUACUGUUGGGCUAUCAUUUUGGCGUUAAAGGUAAAUGUCUAACAAUGUCUAGUUACUGGGCCAAAAGGAGAAGAAUAUUGAAAGGAGUUGAGAGGGACAAACAGGAAAUUGCAGCUGCAAACAAUGCUCUAUUUGCUAUUAUUCCCGACUUACUCCCGACUGACCAAGUAAAUCCUCAUGUUAAUGAGCAUGGAAUGGCUACAACAAGCCAUGUACAAACUGUAACCCCUGAAGCACAGGAAACACUUGUUGAUGAGGUAUAUGAACCAGGUGAAAUGUUUUCCUCAAGCACAGAAGAUAGUGAAGAGGAAGUGGAUUGCCUAAGGACACAAUUGGCAGGGUGGGCUAUUGACAACAUGAUCCCCCAUCAUGAAGGGAUGCUGUUUGCCAUUGUUCAGUUCAUUGAUGAGGGGGAUCUGCCGUUUGCAGUGGUUCCGCAAGUGUGGCUCAGCAAGGGCAUGUGCUAUUGGCCCCCAUUUAACCUCUGCAAAAAGGACAAAGGCAACAAUUUAGCCAUCCGCUGCACGCCUCCACACAGCACCUGGGAAAAACAUAAUUUUAAGUUCAUGAAGGGAGCAGAAUCUUGGCAAGAGGCGACAAGAUAUUUGAUGCGCUUCCAAACAGGUUCCUGCGUUGAAACGACGGAUGAUGACAAGAAGGGAAAGUGAAAGAGAAUUUCAAACUCUAAGUACAGACCCCAGGCCUCUUCUGAUGAAGAGGAGUCUUGUCUUCCAGAUGCACCAGCAGUGCUCUCGUUUCAACAACCUCUUUUGAACUUGGAAAACAUUGUUCCCGGUAAUGUUUCAGUGCUGCCCGAUGCUCCAGAAGUUUCAUUGGUUCCAGAAAACCAGGAAAAUGUGGAGCCAUCUGUAGACUUCAGAGCUGGUAUGUAAAAUGUAUUGCUGUGAUGCCCUUAUUUGUGA